AUCCAGAGAAACUUUAUUUGGAAUUGGGACAUGGCAGCAGUGUCAACUGGCAAUAAUUCGUGGCUCAGAGUACACUGCAUUUGAUUUCCAUACCUUCUUCACAUCCCUUGGCUUUCUCCCGUCCUGAAUUACUCCGUCUUCUCACUGCAUUUCUUUUGCUGCUAUAUAUAUUAUAUCUCCAAUUUCAGAGAUAAAUCAUGCCCUGCUUCUCACUCCAAGGUUUCUAGCUUGUCAUACACGCUUAUGGAUCAUCAGCCUGGAAGGUUGCCUUCCUACUUCCAUAUAAAGAGGCUCGGGUUGGAGAGUGAGAGCGAGGGUGUCCUUUCACCAAUUACAGAACAAUGCCCUAACCACGCUCUUUCAACAGGCUCAGCUCACGUGAUCAAUUACCUUAACAAGAUACUACUGGAGGAGGACGUUGACGAGAGUAAUGAUGAUCUGUUGCUCCGUGAUCCUAUUGCGCUGAGAGCUGCCGAGGAUUACUUUAUUGAAGCCUUGAGCGAGAACCUCUCUUUUGACAGCAGUGUCGGAAGCCCAGAAGACAUCUCAGUUGGGACCUCCACUUCUGAUAUUGAUCUCUAUAAUUCCGAUCAUGGAGAAUCCAAAUCAUCCGUCACAAAUGAUCCUCCCUGUCUCUCCAUCCAGUCAUCUUCAUCAAGUCAGACUACAUUGGAUGGGUUAAACGGUUCUUUAUAUAGCUUUGAUAGUGCUACUAUACGUUUGGAUGAUGAAGCUGCCUUCAUACUCCAAUUCCAGAGAGGUGUGCAGGAAGCUAGAAGAUUAUUUCCUGCCAUUAAUCCGAUGGUCAUCCAUUUCGAUGAUAAAUACCCAUUGGACUUGGAGACUGAAGGUAGUGUUGUGAGUGUAAAGAAAGAACACCAAGCUGAUUCGUGUAGAGGAAGGAAGCACUACCGUGCAAGUGAAAGUGGGCUAGAAGUAGAAAAAGAAGAGGAAAGGAGCAGGAAGCAGAGUGCAGUUUAUAAGGAGGAGGAGGAGGACUUAUCAGAGGUGUUUGAUAAGGUUUUGCUAUGUACUACUGAUAAUAAUGAUGAUUUUCUAUCUGCAGCCGGAAAACAACAACAGAAAGGCCAAAAUGCGCGCAAUAGCCGUUCAAAUAAACAAGGAACAUAUGGUUGUGCAGUCGUUGAUCUCCAGUCUCUUUUGAUCAGCUGCGCAAAAUCUGUUGCUGCUGCUAAUGAUAAGGUUGCUGUAGAACAACUAAAGAACAUCAGGCGUUACUCUUCUCCUUCCGGUGACUCAAAUCAGAGGCUGGCACAUGCGUUUGCUAACGGCCUUGAGGCACGCCUGGGAACUCUGCCGCAACUUUAUGCUUCGUCAUCAUUUUGCAAGGCAGAUUGCUUUCCAAGUUAUGCUUCCGAAUUGAUGAAAUCCUACAUGUCAUCAUAUUUGCCAUUUCUGAGGUUAUUUAUCUUCUUUGCGAAUAAAAUGAUUUAUGAAGUAGCAAAAAAAGCGACAUCACUACACAUUAUAGAUUUUGGGAUUCUUCAUGGUAUCCAGUGGCCCACUCUUAUUCGGGAUCUUUCACAAAGGAACGGUGGCCCUCCAAAACUUCGAAUAACUGGGAUUGAGCUUCCCCAACCUGGUUUUCGUCCAUCUCAAACAAUAGUGGACACUGGUUGUCGCUUGGCAAGAUAUUGCAAGCGUUUUAAUGUACCAUUUCAAUACAAUGCCAUCACUGCAAAGAAUUGGGAGGCACUUAAGAUUGAUGACUUAAAGCUCGCGCAGGGUGAGGUGGUUGCUGUUAACUGUAAUGAUCGAUUCAAAGGCUUACUAGACGAGACAGCAUCUGGUUCUGACAGUCCCAGGGAUGUUGUUUUAAACUUAAUCCGGGAAGUAAACCCUCAUAUUUUUGUGCAUACUUCGCUUAGUGCAUCUCACAACUCACCUUUCUUUGUCAAUCGGUUCCAAUCUGCUCUCUUCUACUACUCUGGUAUCUUUGAUAUGUUUGAAUCUAUUUUCUCACACCAUGAUAGUCAACGGUUAAAUUUCGAACAAACAGUUAUGGGGCCUGUCAUAACGAAUAUUCUAGCAUGUGAGGGCACGGAAAGGUUAGAAAGGCCUGAAACAUACAAGCAGUGGCCACUGGCGGAGGUGGGGGUGGGCCAGGCUGGGCACUGGCCCAGGGUAGGUCUGCCUAAUUCUAGGUAUACUAUAUAAAAAAUUUUUAGAACCGGCCCAGUGUAAAAUUUAAUUCGGCCCAGUUUAUUCUCAAUUACCCAGCAACUCAACAAGCCCAGCGGUUUACACUUAUGCGCAGGACUGCUUAAGUGCUUAUGCGUAAAACAAUCAGCAGCAAUUAGAAAAAGGGGAAAUUGGAAUUGAAAUGAAAAACAAGAGAGCGAACGAAUUGCGGUCGUGCUGACAUGGCUGGCAGGCUGCGCUCCAAGUUCCAACUGACCAACUGAAGACUGGAGUCCGGAGGAGAGGCGCCAGCCGCCAGCUGCAGAAGGCGCCUGAGCCCAGAGGUCGGCCGACGGUGGGGUGGUGCCCUGUGGCGGUGUAUAUAGCUCCCAAAAAGCAGUCAAAUCUGAAAUCUUUCAUUGGUUAUUGCUCAAGAAAUUGAGUCACAGAGCAAAAGCAGAAUGGGCAAAGACUUACAGAGUGAAACUGUCAUUGUUCAUAAGCAGUUCUAGCUGGUUGGGAUCUUCAAGCAAACUGAUGAAUGAGCAUCCUUAUACCUGGAUAUUGCAGGAAGCUGUUAGAGCUGAUGUAGCCCCUGAAUUUCCAUUCCUGUUUUCUUUCCCUGGCAUUUUCAGAUUCCAAACGGACCCUCAAAGAACCAUUGAGCAGUUAGAACCAUCUUUGUGCAGGAUCUAUGCUAAGCAAAGAGCUGUCCAGGAGAUUCUUGGAUGGUAGAAAGAAAAACCUUCAAAAAGAGUUUAAGGAAUGAUUUAUACAUCAGGAUUGCAUUCAGCAGAGACAAGGAAGAGAUGAAGUCUGAAAUAGACAACAAAAAUAUUUGAUUCUUUGAAAGCACAGAUGGCAGAAUGGUCUACAAGCUUCUUCUCAUAUGUUUCUAUCAUUUACUUUGAUAGAUUUCAAGGUUUUUCAGCCUAGAUUUCAAUUCAUUCUCAACAACAUCAUCAUUAGCAACAUCUCAACAUCAAUGUUGGGAUUGGAAAAUUCUUCUAUUCAAUAUCAAGAACAGAAUUACAAUAGGAGGAGCAAACUCUCACACUCAACUAUUACAAAAAACCAAUCCUCACCAAUACACUUCUACUCUAAGAAGCAGUUCUCUU